AUGAAAUCCGCCAGAUCUCAAUCAGCUACGGCGAGCAAUGCCUCCUGGAGUAGGGAAGGGCGGACGCCAAGGCUCGUAAAAGAUCGAUACGCUAUGGGCACACGCGUGGUUGAAUCGUUUCCCUUCGACUACAGCCCCACACACACAGUCUAUCUUAUCGAUACGCCGGGCUUUGACGAUGCCGACCAUACCGAUACCGAUGUUCUUCGAGAAAUUGCCGCCUGGUUGACGCGCUCAUACGGUCGGGAACACGUUAAGCUCAGCGGACUCAUAUACGUGCAUCCCAUAACAGGUGUUCGCAUGCAAGGGUCGGCCAGGCGGAACCUUCACAUGUUCUACAAGUUGUGCGGCCGCGACGCUCUGAAGAAGGUGAUUCUGGUCACUUCCAUGUGGGACAAGGUCGAUGUCGCGACUGGCGUGGCACGUGAGACUGAGCUCAAAGAGACGCCUGAGUUCUGGGGCGCCAUGAUAAGAGACGGAAGCACCGCGGCAAGAUAUCAGAACGAUACAACCUCGGCGAGAGCCGUCAUCAAGAAAUUUGUGGAGCGACCGGGGCGCGUAACAACCAAGCUCCAACAAGAGAUGGUGGUGGAGAAGAAAGACUUGGUCGACACAGACGCAGGCCAAGCAAUCAGCGAGGAGUUGAUACAAGAGAGAGCAAAAACGCGAAGGAUAAUCGAAGAGAUGCAGGAGCAGAAGAGAAAGGCGCUCACCGAAAAAGACUACGCCACUGCCGUACAGAUGGAAGAAUUAAGGAAGGAGCAGGAUGCUCGGUUGCAAAAGAUCGAAGCAGAAAGAGAAUUGAUGAAAGCCGACAUGGAGAAGCUUUACCAGCAACGGGUUGCACGCUUGGAGCAGCAACUCGAGGAAGCUACCAGAAUGAUGAGCUCAAUGCAAGUCGCACACAACUUAGAAAGACAACAGCAGUAUUUGUGGACUUAUGAGCCUACAUACGGCUACUAUCCCAUCCAGAGCACAUUGCAACAAGGAGAACCGCAGCCUACACCCGUCUUUCCCGUCCAGCUCCCAUCGCAAGAAAGCACAUCGGAACCGAGCUUUUCCUUUUCGGUGUGCGGCAGAGGGAACGCAUUCUUGAAAGGGAAAGGCAAUCCGGUAAUGUAA